UUGAUUUUUAUAGCAUUUUCUCUCCUUCAGAAAGGCUGGGGUAUUUCUACAUUUCCACUGUAGUAUUUCUUAAUAAAUUGUGUGAAAUUUCAGGCUGAUAAAAUAGAUGAUAAAAAUAGAAAGCAUAAACAAUUUAAAGCAAAUAAAUUUGUAACAUAACCUCAAAAUCGAGCGCCUUUCUGAAGAUCGUAAAAGACCACUGUCUGAUGCUGGACUUUCUCGAGGAGCAUAUGUCAAGAGGAAAAGAAUGGAUUUGGUCAACACAUGUUUGCAAAGUCAAAAUGCUACUGAAGCCCAAGCUGAAAGCUUACAAAAAGAUGAGAGUUUGAUACUAGACAUUAUUGAACCUCAAGGUUUAUCAAGAACUCAAGACAGAGAAACUAUUACCAACUCUAUCAUAACUGCAGAAAAAUCUGUGCAAGUAACAAUAAAAGAGAAUGUGCAUCAUAGGAGCAAAUCUGUGCAAACAAGAUGCCAGACUACAAGUAUUUCUACCUCACCAAUGAAAGUUUCUACAACAUCUCGUUCCACUUCGCCUUUUAAGAUUAAACCAUGCAGUCUUCGACCAUCACAGUCUGAAAUUGUCAAAGCAGUCAAGGGAAAUGUUUUUCUUGAAGAUGAAAAGUCAGAUAGUGAUAUUUCCUGUAUUGAAAGUGGUCGUCAUUUAUCACCUUUUGUAACUAAAUCAGCAUCAUCAUCAUCAGGGCUUACCGACUCUGAUAGUAAUGCCAAUGAGAAUAUUGAAAAAUUAGAGUGCCUCAAAAUUACUAUGCGUUCAAUCUCUAAAAAACCAAUGAUGCAUGUUGGUAUUCCAAAAGAAUGUUAUUUCUUAAUCAAAUUGUUACAUAAACACACAAGCAUAAAAGUAGAACACAUUUUGCUAUGCUUGAAAAAGAUUAGAAUGAACAGUACAUUUUCUGAACUGGAGGAUAAUUUUGGAAUAUCAUUAUCUUAUGCUAGUAAAUUGUUUCUACAAAAUAUACCAAUAAUAGCUAGUGUUUUAAGACCAUUCAUUGUAAAAAUAGAUAAAAAAUUGGUAAAAAAAAUCUUCCUAUUUCAUUUAGACAUAACUAUCAUAAUGUCAGUUGCAUCAUAG